AUGGCGGUGGAAUCUGGGCCUGUGACUCCUGGGCAGGUGUCGUUUUUGCUUGGGGUCAUUCCAGUCAUUGUGGCUUGGAUAUACUCUGAAUGGUUGGAGUAUAAGAGGUCAUCGUCCCUUUCGAAAGUCCACUCAGAUAAUAAUUUGGCUGAACUAGAAAGUGAGACUAUCAAGGACGAUGAUCGGGCUGCUUUGAUGGAAGGGGGUCUUGCAAAAUCUUCAUCAUCUACAAAGUUUACCAGUCCUUCUAUUAAAACAAGCAUAAUCAGGUUUUUGUCAAUGGAGGACUCAUUUUUGCUGGAAAAUCGGCAACUUUUAAGAGCAAUGGCUGAGUUUGGAUGGAUUUUGUUCUAUUUCUACUUAUGUGACCGCACAAAUGUUUUUGCUGAUUCAAACAAGAGCUACAACCGCGAUCUAUUCCUUUUCCUCUACAUUCUCCUUAUCAUAGUUUCGGCAAUGACUUCUUUCAAGAAACAUAAUGACAAGUCUGCAUUUUCGGGGAAAUCCAUCCUUUAUCUGAACCGGCAUCAGACUGAAGAGUGGAAAGGAUAUAUGCAGGCAAGCAAUUUGGUAUUGUUUUUGAUGUACCAUUACUUUGCCGCAUCAGAGAUCUACAAUGCAAUUCGUGUUUUUAUAGCUGCAUAUGUUUGGAUGACUGGUUUUGGAAACUUCUCGUACUACUACAUCCGGAAAGAUUUCAGUCUUGCUCGAUUUGCUCAGAUGAUGUGGAGGCUAAAUUUUUUUGUGGCAUUCUGCUGUUUCGUUCUUAACAACGAUUACAUGCUAUACUAUAUAUGCCCUAUGCAUACUCUCUUUACACUCAUGGUCUAUGGAGCCCUUGGUAUAGGUUACAAUUAUAAUGAGAUAAGAUCGGUGAUGGCUCUGAAAAUCUUUAUGUGCUUUUUUGUUGUGAUAUUGGUGUGGGAGAUUCCAGGUGUUUUCGAAAUUUUGUGGAGUCCUCUCAGUUUCUUGUUAGGGUAUAGUGACCCAGGAAAACCAGACCUUCCACGACUACAUGAAUGGCAUUUUAGAUCAGGACUCGAUCGAUACAUAUGGAUUGUUGGAAUGAUCUAUGCUUACUUUCACCCAAAUGUUGAGAAGUUGAUGGAGAAACUGGAAGAAGCUGAGGCCAAGCGAAGGCGCACAAUAAAAACAUCCAUUGUCUCAAUUGCUUUAGUUGUAGGAUAUUUGUGGUAUGAAUACAUAUACAAGCUGGACAAAGUUGCAUACAACAAGCUCCAUCCUUACACAUCGUGGAUCCCCAUAACUGUCUAUAUUUGCUUACGUAAUUUCAGUCAGGAACUUCGGAAUUUUUCUUUGACCCUUUUCGCGUGGCUUGGCAAAAUAACUUUAGAAACAUACAUCUCCCAAUUCCACAUAUGGCUGAGAACAAAUAAGCCCAAUGGACAGCCCAAGUGGCUGCUCUGUUUCAUUCCACAAUAUCCUUUGCUUAAUUUCAUGCUCACAACAGCCAUUUAUGUCUUGAGACAACCAAAGGCUGUUGCACAAUUUUAUUGCUGGAGUUGCAAUCUGUUCCUGCUUGUAUUUUACUUCGUUCAUUCUUCUUCAGAUCUCUCAUUAACAAAGUGCAAAGCUGUGAAUGCCGUUAGCAAAGAGAUGCGUAUGAGCGGGGGGGCAUUUUAG